AUGUCCUCGAAGAAGGCAACGAAGAGAAGCCGUCCUGGAAAUAAAUUAAAGAAACAGACCACCAGCUCCCACCUUCGGAAAUUACCACCACUCGAGGAACCAGAUGUCUCAACGAUACCGAAGGUAGCAGAAGCAGGUCAACUUGAGGAACUUGGCGAUUCUUUUGAUCACCCAUUGCACAGUACUGCUGUAGAUGCUUAUGGAGAGGAGCGUUCAGACAGCGAGUCACUUGGUUGUGCUUCAGCACCGCCUAGGAAACAUGCAGAAAGAAGUGAAAAAAUGAGUCGCUCAAAAAUACCUGGUCGUGGUCAAAAGAAAAUCAACACACCUGGUCCUGAAGAUACACCCACUAAGGAGAAAGUGGUACAGAAAAAGGUGCAGAAAGCUCUGAACACUACUCAAGUUCAAGUCAAAAAGAAGAGAACUUCAGAGAACACAUCAGACCCUUCUGUGGAAAGUCGACUGUCUGUACAGGUUUGGUGUUCCAAAGAGCUGAAGAGAUCUUCUAGAGAUAUUACAGAACUGGAUGUUGUUCUCACUGAAUUUGAGAGAAUAGCAGCAAAUUACAAAGAAAGCAUAGAAUCAAGCAUUUGCAGAAAAGCUAUCGAUGACUUCUGCUCUGCUUUCAAGGACCAAAUCACUGAUCAUAUCAUGGAAGCCCAGGAAUUAAAGAAUGUAAAGAAAAAAAAUGCUAAGGUAAUAACAGAGAUCAAAAAGAAAGGACAGGAACUGUUCAAACUCAGAGAAGACUUAAUUGGAGCUGAACCACAACUGGUACAACUACAAAGAGAAUAUGCAGAGCUACAGGAAAGGCAAUCUUCCUUGAAGCAAGCAACUGAAUUACUUACUGAUUUGAAGGAGCUACGGCAUGACUGUUUGGAUUAUAGAGAAGCAAACCCAAAAGCAAAAGUGGUAUAUGGAACUUCCAGCCUCCCUGCUCUUCUGGUGGAGUCACGGAGAAUUCUAGGAGCAGAAAGACAUUUUCAGAAUAUUAAUAUGAAACUGGAAGAGGCUUUGGCUGUACAAAGAGGGAAGUUAUCAAAGAAACCUUAA